CUUGUUUGUUUCGCUCCACAGCGGUCAAUGUCUAGCUAGCCAGCAGCGGUACUGCCGGCGCAAGCGACACGAAAACGACGAAGACGGCUAGGCUAGGCCACACGAUCCGUUCGAGCAUUCUAUGCCCCGCGAAAUACUACACUAAAUGUAAAGUACCCGGGCGUUGUUGUACUACUCCCUCCGUUCCAAAAUAUGGCCACGAUUCGUUCGACCGUUCUAUGGUGAAAAUCUGGCCAUUUUUUUAAAACUUCAACUCAGAAUGACCCAGUCUGAAAAUAUUUCACAAACUGGUCCCUUGUCGCAUGAUGCCCGGGACUGGGGAUGGCGCCCUAACCCGGGGCGUCAUGCUAUCUAGCAGAGUUAAUUACACGAUAGUACCACAAUUGGGGCCGUGGUGGCGAAUUGGUACCAGUUUUGAAAAAUUUUACGUGUCAGUACCAUGUUUGGACCGAACCGUUGCAAAUCGGGCUAAACUUUGUAUUUGUACGUAUUGACGCUGGAACUGACCGCCCGGGCCCGCGCGUCAGAUGCCACGCUGGCGAAUCGGCACGCGCCCGCUCGCUCGAUAGGUGCGGUCCGGCUCGAACCGGACCGGCCCGUGCUCCACUCUGUUCCUCCUCGCUCCUGCCUCCCUCCUUGCUCCUCUCUCGUCGCCCUCGUCACCGCCGGCAGCUUUGCCGGAGCGGAGCGCCGCCGCCCGCCAUGGUUUUCGAAGACGAAAGCAGUGAGGACACGUCCAGCCUGCCGUACAUGCACUCGACCUCAUCCACGGACGGGCUUAACCAGGUCCCUUUCAGCGUUGAAGAUCCAGAUUACCAGGGGCUUGAGCUGGAAACGAUGUCGCCAUGUGAGAAGCACGGCAAGGCAUCUGAGAGGCUUGUCGCAUUUGAAGGAACAGACACAGGGAGAAGGUUCCUAGCAUGUGCAGAGCCGGAAGGGCAGAAUUGUGGGUUUGUUGAAUGGGUUGAUCACCAGUGGCCCCCAACAAUGCAAAAUGCAUUGUUGAAGCUGUGGGCCAUGGUUGAAGAUAGCAAGAGUGCUAGGGUGAAUGAUAAUCUUGAAAGUUCUUUCACUAUCCACCAUCUGACAGAAGAGAAGAACAAGCUGGAGGCCAACUAUGACAAGUUAGUCCAAGAUGUGCAUCAACUUAUGAGCUUCCAGGAGGACAGGGUGGUGGAUUUCAGAUAUCUGCAGGAUAACCUUACAUAUCAGCAGCAAUGCAGAAGUGAACUGGUGGCUGAUAUGAAGGCACAGAUGGCAAAGAAAGAUGCAGAGUUUGAGAAGCUUAAGCAGAAUUAUGAAGUGCUACUGAACCUGACAAGAGCACAAGCAACAGUCAUCCAGAACUUGAAGUUGAGGCAUAUUAAAGACAAGCAAUUGCUUAGUGAAGAUAAGAUGAACUUGGAGUUGAAGAAUGCAGAGCUCACAAAGUCUGAGGAGAAGCUCACCUAAGAGAAGCUAUAGUUGAAGCUUCAGAUUGCUGAGCUGAUGAAGGCAGAGGAGAAGCUGAAGGAGAAGAUCAAGGGGAUCCAGGCCAUCUUAGAGAAGUGAAGAAAAUGAAUAUGAGACUAGUGGGUAAUGCUGACCUUUUGGGCAUGAUGGUUGUGUAGUGUAUGGCUCUACUAAUUGUGAACUAUGUCUGUGUAUAUAUGUAGUAGAUAUGCUUUUCAUCCUUUUGUCAGAAAAGGAUGAACUAUGCAUUUAAACUCAAACUCCACUAUGUAUUUGUGAUGGACCUGCUGUGUACCCUAUAAUAUGUUGAA